AUGUCCAUUCCUCCAAGUGUAAUAAUUGAAAAUAGUCAAGGCAACAAAAGAAGGCAUGAUGAAGAUGAACAUGACGACAGAAAAAAAGUUAAAAUUCCAACUUUAUUCGAUUGCGAUAUUGAAUUUAAAGAGUUAGAAAUAAUAAGACGUAUAGCUGAAGGUGGAUUUGGGAUAGUUUACAAAGUACUAUGGAAUAAAGGAAAGCAGAAUGAACAAACAGUAGCAAUAAAAGUUGUUUCUAAUACAGCUACUCAACAAUCAGAGAGAGAUUUUAAGCGUGAGAUAACUACUUUGAGGGAAUCAAAAUAUUGUGAAGAACAUAUUAUACAGUUUUACGGAUUGUCACAAAACCCUAAAACCGAAGAAUAUUAUCUUGUUAUGCAAUAUGCGAAUAACGGCAAUUUGCAAGAUUACCUUAAAGAGAAUAAAAAUAACAAGAGUAUACUAAAUUUAAAAACUAUGAUUUAUUUAAAUAAAUCUAUUCUUAAAGGAUUGGAUUUUUUACAUAGAAAAGAUAUAAUACACAGGGAUCUGCAUUCAAAGAACGUUUUAAUUCAUGAUGGCAAUCCUCUUCUUGCAGAUUUUGGUCUUUCUAAAUCUCUUCUAGAAAGAAAUGAGGGACAUAUAUCCGAAGUCCGAGGAAUACAAGCCUAUGUCGAUCCAAAAUUACUUAGCAAGACACUUAAUUCAAGCUACACACAUACAAAACGUUCAGAUAUUUAUAGUUUUGGAGUGGUCAUGUGGGAAAUAUACACAUGUCGUCUACCAUUUAAUGGCAGAAAUGAUAAACACUUGACUCUAGAGCUUUGUUCUGGUGAAAGAGAAAAACCGGUAGAUGGAAUGCCUAUAUCUUAUAAGGAAGUAUAUGAAAAAUGUUGGGAACAUAAUCCUUCAUAUAGAUACGACAAAAUUUCUGAUAUACUGAAGGCUCUUGACAAUAUUAAACAAACACCGAUUUAUUCGGAAGAAAGCAAGGAUAUAUCGCUAGGAUUACUUAAGAAAAUGGACAUUGACACAGAAGCUCUAUCAAAUGAAGAAUCUGAUUUAACGAAAGUAAUGGAACUAUCCAUAAGCACCCCUAGAUUUUUACAAUCAUUUGAAAAGCUUUUUUCUGAAAUUCAAAAUUCUUGUGAAAUCAUGCAACUCAAUAAAAGAAUCUGUGCAGAAUUGCAUGAAUGUAUUAUAUUAGCUGAGUAUCAUAUGAAACUUUUAAACUCAAGAAAUUCGAGAUACAAUUACAAUACAUCUGUAACAUUGAAAGAUAUGAUGCUCUUUCGACAAAAUGUUGAGAAUAUUAAAAAAUUUAUUGAAAAUAUUUCUAACAUCAGAGGAUUGGAACUUUAUAUUCAAAAAGUAAAUUCUGUGAUUACAUUGGAAAGGAUAAACAAUGAGACUACAAAAUUAUUAGUAGAAUUUAAUGAAUCAAUGUCAUCUCUUUUCCAAACAAAAGAACCUAAAGUUAUAAACGCAAUUCGGUGCGAUUUUAAAGAUGUUAACACCAUGUUCAACGUAAUUAAAAAAGUAAUGAACCAACUUGCUAAUAAUCUAUCAGAAGAUAAAUUACAUGACGAACAGACAAUAAUUGUAAAUAAGAUUAAUAGUGAUAACCAUCUGAAAAUAGGUGACUCUAUUGUAUUCUGCAAGAAAUUUGAUUUAAAUCAAAGAAAAGAUAUAUUUGCUCAAGCAACACUUUUAAAAAGUUUGGAGGGUUUACCCAACGUAACAAGCUUUUAUAGAAUUGUAAAAACUGAAACGUCUCUAUAUUUUGCUACAGAAUGGUCAGAAUAUGGAAAUUUAAAGGACUUUAUAACACGAAAUGAGUUAAAUUUUCAAAUUAAAUCAAGUUUUGUAUUAGAUAUUUGUAAAGGAUUGGUAUUUUUAAAUGCAGUAAAUGUGCUACAUCAUGAUAUUAGACCCGAAAAUAUUAUCGUUAUGAAUUAUAAUAUGGUUAAAAUUACGAACUUUGAUUCUAGUAGAUUAUUGUCGGAUGUAUCUCAAAAAAUCGAUAUUAAUCAAUUUAAUAUUAGAUAUUCAGCUCCAGAAUUAUUAAAACGAGAACCUAAUAAGCAAUAUCCAUACGAUUUUCGGUGUGAGCCGUUUGCUUCUAUAAUUCAUACUUCAAUGGAUAAGUAUCCAUCGUUUGUCUUGUUAUUAAUAGAUACAUUACAAAUUAUGAUUUUCGGGAUUUUACUCUGGGAGAUUUUAUUUCAAAAACCUCCUUAUGAAGAACACAACGAUCCUAAUGAAUUAAAAAAAUUGAAGGAGAUGAUCCUUCGUAAUGAAAACGUUAAUUUAAAGAAUUCUAUUAAGAAGUUAUCGCAAGAAUUCUCACAAGAAUAUAAAGAUAUUAUAAUAAAAACACUUGAUUUUGAACCAGCUAUUCGUCCAACAAUUUGUGAUAUGUUUAAAAUUCUGCAUAGUGUGUUAAAUGAUGAUAGGCAAAGAAUUCUCGAGACUUUUAAUUAA